AAUAAUUAAUGGGUUGUUUGGAAUUUUGGGUUGUAAACAGUUUUCUAGCAAGUGCAGCAUUUGUAAUAAUUUUACUAAAAAUUAUAGUUUAUAUUGUUUUUAGUUGUUGAUGCUCGUGACUCCUAUUAUCCUUAUACAUUUGCUGUAAAAGAUAGCAAGACUGACAAAAAAGCAAGUGCAACAGCAUGUAUUGUUGCUUGUUGUGUAAUAAAUUUAAUAUUAAUUUAAGCUUUAUCUUUUGAUUGGAAUAGGUUUACUAUUUUGGAAGAAGAGUAGAGAUUAAAGAAUUAAAUAAAGUUAACAAUACCCUCGCUUAGCUGCUGCAUAGGGAUAUGAUUAAUAACAAAAUUCAUAAAGAGGACGUUCUAUAGAAUUAUGAUGCGUA